AUGCCGGGACCCUCGCCGGGACCGACAUCGGCGCCGACGAAGGGGCAGACGGCGGAGCCGACGACGGGGCCGACGGCAGAGCCGACGGCGGGGCCGACGGCGGGGCCUAUAGCGGCGCCGACGGCGGCACCGACGACCGCGGCAACGGCGGCUCCCACCUUUUCCCCGACGGUCGCGCCGACGGCCGUUCCCACGCUGGCGCCGACCGUAGCCGGUACCGCCGCCCCGUCAACGGCGCCUACGGUGGUGGUGGGAGGACUCGGGCCGGCGUCCGUGAAGGGCUCCAUCUCGGCGUCCGGCGUGCCCGACGCGCUCGUGGAGGAGAAGGGGGAGGAGGCCCUGAUCCAGGAGGCCGUGUGUGCCCUCGUCGAGUGCGUGGACGGCCUGGAGUCCGUCAUAGUAGGCGAAGCUUCGGUGAGAAGGGCGCGUUCGCUACUCACGUUCUCCUCCUCGAGGAACGGGAAGAAGGGGUUCCGGAUAGGUCCACGGCGGCGGCGGCUAGCGGAGUUGGAAGACGUGCAGUUUGAGGUCCCCACACCGACCUCGGUCCCGGUCGAGUCGGAGGCAGAACCCCUGACGGGGUCGAAGCAGGCGGCGGAUCUGUUCAACAAGGCUGCCGACGAGUCGUCCCUGACAGGAGUCGCAAGCGCUCUUGGCAUCGACGUGGCGGACCUAAGCUUCGGAGACCUGGCGUACUUCGAGGGGGAUGAGUUCACCUUCUCCAGCGACUUCGACCAAGCUGAAGACGAAGGGGCGAGCACCUGGGCGACGGUGCUCGUGGCGUUCAUCCUGGUCACGGCGAUGCUUCUCUGCUCCUGCUGCGCGUGCUUGGUGACCAAACACGCCACCGAGAAGGGGAUGGCCGGCCGGAGGAGACGGGCCGCCGCCGCCGCCGCCGCCCGCAGCCCGCCCCGCAAGUCGGCGGUGAUGCAAGAGAGGCUGUCCACGAUCGAGGAAGAGCAGGGGCUUCGCGUCGGAAAGAGCGAGAUGACGGCCUCCCACAGCAUGGGCCCGAGCCCGCACCACUCCCUCAUCCGCUCCACCUCCCAAGAAGCCGGCGCCGUCACCAGGUCCUCUUCCUCCGGCCGACCUAAGAUCGUCCACCGCACCCACUCCAUUGGCAGCGAGACAAACAGCGCGGUGUCCGAGAAGUUCGUGUACACCAACCCGAUGCACAAGCACGAGAAGAAGCUGUCCCCGCCCAACGAGUACGGCGACGACCUCGCGCAGCACUACGAGGGCGAGUUGGGGGACAUGUCGGACAUCUCAUCGGAGCUCCCUCAUGACAAGACCGACAACCCCCUCUUCUCGAGCGAUUCGAACCGCGACGGCGGUGGCUCUUCGCCGACUUCGGUCGCCGAGGCGGCCCGCGCCCGCGGCACCGGCAGCAGGAGCGUGAGCGGCGGCGGCAGUGGCAGUGGCAGCGGCAGCGGCAGCGGCAGCGGCAGCUGCAGCGGCAGCGGCCACCUGGCGGAGAGUGGCGCCAUCGUUGAGGUGGACUCCCACGGCGCGAGCAUGAGCGACGCCGCGUCAACGUCGCUGGCCUCUUCGCAGUCCAACACGAGCGAGUCGCCGCUGAUCGACCAGGCGUACUCGUCCAGCUUCGACUCCGACGUCGACCAGCGCGGGGGCGGAGAGGUCGCCGCCGAAGGCUCGCCGCUGGUUGGCGGUAGGAACUCGCGCGGCAGCGGCGGCGUGCUCAGCAUCGCCUCGGAAACCUCGUCCAGGAUGCCGUUCGGCCUGUCGCCGGUCGCCGAGAGGACCGACAGCAGGGGCGAGUCGCCGGGCCUGACCACGAACAGCAGCAGCACGACGGGCGGGGUGAGCACGGUCUACCUCGCCCGCGCCGGCGCCGACGGGCCCAGAGGCGUGCCGUGGUCCUACGGCGGCCCCGACGGCCGCGGGAGCUACUCGAUGGCAAGCGACGCCGCCGCCGCCGCCGCCGCCGCGGAGGACGAUGACGCCGAGAGCGUGUUCAGGCCGCCGUCUCCCGGGUCGGUGUCGAGGCCGCUUCAGCCGCUGCUCGCGCAGCAGUCGCCCAUGUCCUGCGUGUCGGGCUUCACCUCCAAGUCCAACUCGUUCGCCAUGUCGUCCCGCUCAAGCUCCAUGGCGAGCUCCUUCGCCAGCCCCAAGGCCGGCGGCGGCGCGGCCGACGCCGCCGCUGCCGCCUCGCGGCUGCCGCCGGUGGGCCUGCGCAAGGGCAUCUCGAACGAGAGCCUUAAGGCUAUCAAGAUCACCUCCGGUGGCGGCGACGCCGAGCGCGAGGCCGUCCGGGAGGCCGUCCGCAGGCAGCGGCGGAAGGUGGCGCGGUCGCUGUCCCAGGAGGACCCCAGGACCGAGGCCGGCAGCGAGGGAACAGCGGCGAUGGGCGAGGACGAGCUCGGAAGCCUCGGCGUGGAGAAGAUCCCCAAGAGUUCGGUGUCCUCGCUAAGCCCAUUGGCGCGGCAGCACAAUGAGUGGCGGGCGCGGUACGGGUCUUCCCAGUCGGAGCUCAAGUUUCCCGAAGGAGGGGGAGGCGGCGGGGGUCGCGGCAGCUUGGCCGCGUCGUCGCGGAUGGCCAGCGGCAUGAGCGAUGCGCGGCUGACCAGCGCGAGCACCUUGUCGAGCUUCAACGGGGAGAGCAUCGUUAGCGCAAUGCCGUCAGCAGAUGCCCGCGCUCAAAGCUCAGGAGCAACCAGGGCCUCUCCGGACCCCGCGAGUCCGGCCGGCGGCGGAGGCGUUUUCGGGCAGAGUGACACCGGUUCGGACGCCUCCGCCGAUGCCGCCGCCGGCCACGGCGAUGCCAGCGGCUCCAAGGGUCUCGCGAGUGCCCUGGACCGUCGCGUCAAGUCCGCGGCCGUCGCGCCUAGCCCCAAGCGCUCUAGGUCCGGCCGCGCGGGCACGGGGGCCACCAAGAGCGAGAGCACGGUCGACGAGGGCGGGGACGAGUUCUACGACGCCACGUCUACUGCCGGCGGCGCCGAUGGCGGCGGCAGAGGCGGCGACAGCGUCGUCGAGGCGGCGGCAGAGGCGGCGGCCGCCCGAGUAACGGCCGCCGCUGCUUCGAGGACCGGAGGAGGAAGCGGCGGCAGCGCGAGCCUGCGGUUCUCUUCGCGGCGGCGGACAGCGGGGCGCGACAGCAGCAGGCAUGCUGGGGGCACCGCCGCCGCGGCCGCCACCGCCGCUACCGAUUCCAGAGCAAGAGACGCGGAGGCGGCGGCGGUCGUGGCCGCGGCCGAGGCGGCGGCGGCGGCGGCUACCAGAACCAGGGCCCCGCAGAUGACGGCCGGGACGCGCAUGUCGUCGUCGCUGUCGCUCUCCAGGUCGUCGUCUGAGGCUAGCUCUUUGCCCUCGCCCGUCUUCGUCCCGUCCACCUCGUUCCAGUCGCACCAUGCGUUCACGUCCGGCGGUGGCGGCAGCGGCGGCGGUGGCAGUAGCAGCGGGGCCUCCUCGGCAAGGGCCGCCUCGGCGGCCGCCGCGGCCGUCGCCGCCGCGGGGGUGCUGGACGGCACCCGGGGGCUCGACCAGGCGUCGAUCGUAGCGGCAGAGGAAUGCCGGGACCGCGCGAUCGAGGCGGGGACGGCGGCGGCGGGGGCGGCGGUAGCGUCCGGGGAGGUGACCACGGAGGCACAGCUCAUGGCGGCGGGCGCGGUGGCAGCGGCGAAGGCCACCAAGGGGCGUGCGGUGCCCGACGACGUGCGCCGGAAGGCCAUCCAGGCGGGAGCGGCGGCGGCCGCGGCCGCGGCCGCGGCGGACGUGGGGCCGACCGGCGGCGGCGUCAGCAACCGCUGGAGCACGGGCACCAGCGCGGUGGAGCUCAAGUCCGCCCUAAAGAAGGAACCCUCGUUCCGGAGCACGGCGGAGAAGCCGCGAAGCGUGUCGUUCGCGUACGACAGUGACGGCGAUGACGACGACGACGACGACGGCAGCGACGGCGACGGCAGCAACAGGAUAGGAGGGCUUCGACAGCACCUCGCCGACCCGAGCAGGCCGUCGGGGUCCUACCGGCGCAUGGAGUCGGACUCCUCCAGCCUGUCGGGAGAGUCUCUUUCCCCGUCAUUCCGAGGCUCUUCGGCGACAGGGGGCGGCGAUAACGUCUCCCAGGCCAGCUUCGACACCAACAUCACCUUCAGCGCCGUCAGCAUGUCGAGCUACGCCACCGCCACGACGACAAGCACCGCCUACGGCGGCGGAAGGGUUGGCGGCGGCAGGGUUGGCGACGACAGGGGAGGGGACGAUGCCUACAGCCAGCGGAGCAGCUACAGCUUCCGGCACGAUAGCAGCGGGUCUUGCAGCGAGUCCGACACGGACUGGCCGCCCUCCUACCAGCGCGGCGCCGGGCCACGUAGCUCGACGAUCGUGGCCGAGCGGAAAAGGGAGGAGGAGGCCACCGGGGCGCGGGCGGCGACGGCGGGGAGACGCGGCGGCGGCCGUGUCUUCGAGGUUAGUGCGGAGGCAGCGGCGGCAGCCGCUGCCGUGAUCUCUCCGAGGGAGCUCGGGGCGACGACGGCCGGCCCCGCGGCGGCGGCGGCGGCGGCGGCCGCAGCCGGCGCCAAGAAGGAGUCGAAGGUGUCGGCCUACAAGAAGAUGUUUGCGGCAGGCGGCAGCGGCGGCGGCAGCGGCGGCGGCAGCAGCCGGUCCUCGAGCGGGGAGAGCAAGCGGCGGAUGGUGAUGCGCUGAGAAGGCACAGUUGCGAGCUUUGAAUGACGAUUGUGGUGGGACGGGGCACCUGCCCAUCCCCCACGCACGGGCAGCAACAUCCCUGCUUGCAAGAACGAGAGCUGUUUAAGGAAGCGGCGGCGGAGGCGGCGGGUCCAGGAGCUAUGUAGCCGUUGCAUUGGUUCGGAGCUGCUGGCUUUUGUCGGGGUUUGUUCUGUCCCGGUGGUGGCGGUGGGACAGUACUACGACUGGGUCGUGUUUUCGGAUUUUUCGCUUUCCCCCGUGAUUAAUUCCGUGCCUUUGGCGGAGCGCUCCCGCUGCGUUCCCGCGUGCGUUGUCGUUUCGCAAGUUGGGGGUGGGGGGGGGAUUCAGGCAGGCAGGCAGGCAGGCAGGCAGAAGGCGCGUAUGUAUGUGUGCCUUCCGUAGCGGCGAGAAGUGCUACCGCUGCUGUUGUGUGCGAAUUCUAUCGUAGUGCACGGGUGGGCGGGGGUCUCUCGGGACAGCUCCAAUCCUCCUCAAGUUUCGCCGAUUUCUCGCUCCGUGGUCACCGAAGCAGCAGGGCUCGGCCCGCGUUCAGCUUGAACGGCUCAGUCCGUCUCCUCUCUUUCAGUAGUUCGCAGAGACCAGAAAAACAGCAAGAGGCACACAAAACUGCACCAUGAUGAUUACUGUCCUUGAAGGCGUUUAGCUGCUCGCUAGUGGUUGAUCUCGCCUUGUGGUGUCGGUCAACAACCCUUUGUCCAGCGUAGAAGAAGGAAAGUGUCUUCGUGGUAUUACACGGUAUUUAACUAGGUCUCCGGGCGGGGGGGAGGGGGGGGGGGGCACAAAUACUUGAUUGUCUUUGUUGAAACAGCGCCGGCGGCGCGCAUUCACAGGUUGCCGUUCUUUUUUCUUACUGUAUGGUCUAGCACACGCGCCUGUGGCAAUGAAGGAUCGCGGUUUAUGAAGUUACGCAAGAACUUUUUUUUGCCGGGUGUUGGUGGUAUAGAACGAGGUGGGAAGGGGCACGGGGGACGGGGGGGGGGAGACACUCUUGGGGUGCUGCCAUCUUUUUUGCAAACCCUCCCCCGCGGGGCCCAGUGUCAAGUUCUUUGCGCUCGCUUUGCAGCGGCGGUGGCCCCUUGUUACCGCCCACGCAUGGAUGGGGGUGGACAUGUGGUUGUACGAUGUAUGGAGGUACCACAUGCUCGAGUGAAAACAACUUGAGGGUUGGUCAGGACAACGAAAAGCAGCUCGACGUUUGGUUGUGCUUGCCGUUGGAUGGAUAGUUUGCGUGAGACACGAACGGCGCAUCAUCGUCAGAUCCCGUCCGCUGCUACUACUGUCGAGAUGGAUGGGCCCAUCGCGAUAGAUUUGAGUCUGAUGAUGACACACGGAGCGGGUGAUUGCUGGCGGGCAUGGGAUGUGCGGGUGUUUGUUUCUCCGUGGGGGGUGGCCGUGUUAUUCUGGCGGUGGCGGUUCUGUGUAGAACAAGCGACCGCCUUAGGUUGUUUUUGUGUAAAGAACGGACGUGCGUGGCUAAAUGGAGGGCAGCGUGAGAUCGACGUCGUCCUGCGCGAGCCAUUUAUCUACACUUGAGACUUAAAGUCGGCUCUUUGUCUUUGAUGGGCGUUGUUGGCGCUAUUCGCACUCAGCAAGGGGGCGGCCAAGGCUGCGCGCCGGGUGUUAAGUUGUUGUUGUCAUUGUCUUCCCCUAGUUCCAUAUGUCUAGAGCGUUUCCGUAAGCACGUUGGGUGGAAUUGUAUAGUCUAGUAUUUAUUUCCAGUUAUCUCAUUUCUUCUUCUCUGUCGAAGCUUUGUGCGUUCAGCGAAAAAAGAAGCCGGGGGACUUGGUCUUUUUUGUCAUGUUUUUUACCAUUAAGAGGAGGAGAAGCAAAGCGCGGGCUGCCCCUGCUGUGGCUGUACUUUUCUCUGAGCUUGCUACGACUUCCUUCUCCCUCUCUCUCGCUUGCUGUACAUCGUUGCGUGUGUUGUUGGCCCCUUCUCGACCGUUGGGUGUUGAUUGACAGCGCAUUGUAGUCGCAUUUUUUUUGACGCAACGAUCCCUGCAGCCAACAGGUACAAAUCGGUGUUUCCCCACGUGCUCACUUCAGCAGGACUACUGGUGUGGUAUCCGUUUGGCGGGCAGGAGGGAAUUCGCACGUACAAAAUGAUGGGCAGGUGUAAUCGCUUUUGUCUUGGCAUUUCAUCGGCGGCAUUGGAGGGCUGGGAGGCGGUCAGGUGGGCCUCUCUUGUUUUGUGUAGGAUUGUAUCAAGGUUGCGCCAUCACGCGUUGUUGCACGGGUGAGAAAAAAACAUGGGCUCGGCCUCUUUCGCACGAGCGAAUAAACAGCCUCCUCUGCCUUUCAUGCGUUUGGUCGCGCACCACUUGGUUUGCAAUGGUU